AUGGCUGCUUCAGAUUAUGCCUCCGAGUCCAGGAGUGCGGUCGCCAUAGCUGUUAUGGCGACCCUGUCGUCAAUUUCUCUUAUCGUUGUAUCCCUGCGAGUCUACGCCCGGGCCAUCAUGCUGAGAAACUUUGGCGUCGAUGACGCAUGUGCGAUCCUUGCUUGCCUGUUGACGAUCGCUGACGCUUGUAUCAUCGCAACAAACGUUAGAAAUGGCCUUGGCUCUCAUAUAUCUACACUUUCUGGCGAACAAAUUAGUAAUUUCUUGAGGAUGUUUUACUUCUCAACCGUCGUCUACAACCUCGCCCUCGCAGUUAUCAAGACAAUAUUUCUCCUCCAGUAUUACCGUGCGAUACCUGUGCGCCAUUACAAGAAGACAUAUAUCACAUCCGUCGUCCUCGUCACUUGCUGGAGUCUCUCUCAAAUCUUUCUAAAUACUUUUAUGUGCGUGCCUAUUGCAUCCUUCUGGGAUGUCACGAUCAAGGGCACCUGUAUUCUCAACAAAUCUUCAUUUUAUGUCAGCGCGGCGGGUAACAUCUUGACCGAUAUCUUGAUCAUGGCCCUCCCGAUCCCCGUUCUUCGCAGUCUGAAGCUCGGUCGGCGACAAAAGUGGAUUCUUAUGUCUGUCUUUUGCCUCGGAAUUUUCACGUGUCUUAUCUCACUCGUUCGCAUCAAGUUCCUUAACAUUGGUACGGACAUCACAUGGCAUAAUGUCGAAUCAGCAUCUUGGUCAGUCAGCGAGCUGUGCUGUGGUAUCAUCUGCGCUUGCGUUCCAACUCUCCGGCCUCUGCUAUCAGGUCAUGAGCGCGGUUCUAGCCAUGACCAAUCCUCUUUGUUUGGGAGUACCGACCCUGCAACUUCACUCUACUGCGGCCAGUCUCCGAUGCCGUGGCACCAGGCAGGAGUCUUAGAGAUGGACAAUGAAGGCCUAGGGAUCAUAGGCAUGUCGCCAGCGUGGCCCGCUGUUGAAGACUUUGUUCUGAAUCUCGACGCCGUCACUUUACCAAGCAAUCACCAUUCGGCCUCGAUUCCACCCUUACUGCGGGAAGGCGACCAAAACAAAUCCAACUCCGCAUAUUCCGAAGAUACGGUCCAACGGCGGUGGCUCCAGGCCUGA